GCCGCUAGGGGUAGCGGCGGCGGCGGCUGGGGCCUGAGAGCGCGACUUCUUUGAAGGCUCAGGAACCCUACAGAGUGGGGACGUGGGGAGGUAAGAGGGUGAGAAAACCAGCGGGAGAGGAGGGCGGCGCCGGAGGAGGGCGGCGCUUGGCUGACUCAUCCCUCUGGAAGAUCAGACUGACAGACUCAUACACUCGCGGAUCCCGCCCGCCCGCACCGCUUCUCCUCAGCCGGGAGGCGCCCGCCCGCACCGCCCGCACCACCCCGCCCGCCCUCUCCAGGAGCUCUCGGAGCCCGGCCGGCUCAGAAAGUUUUUCUCGUCGGAGAGGCCGGAACCGUCGCGGGCCUUUUGGAAGAGAAGGGGAACGGAAGAGGAGGCGACGGCUGCGCGGGCCCGCGGAGUGCAUGGUGCUCGGCGCCUCGGCUGCCGGUCAGGAGGACCUCGGGGCGGGGUCGGGCUGAGCCCAGCUCCUUCUCCCCUCAGUCUCGCCAGAAAUCGCCCGCCCAGACUGCCGCGGGGGUCCCCGCUCCUCAGCUCGCCAUGUCCCGGCUGCUGCCGCUGCUGAGGAGCCGGACCGCGCGCAGCCUGAGGCCGGGCCCGGCCGCCGCGCCCCACCCGCCGUCCUGGUGCUGCUGCGGGCGGGGGCUGCUGGCGCUCGCGGCCCCCGCCGGCCCCCGGGGGCUGGGCACCCACCCCAAGAAGGAGCCCAUGGAGGCGCUGAACACGGCGCAGGGCGCGCGCGACUUCAUCUACAGCCUGCACUCCACCGAAAGGAGCUGCCUGCUCAAGGAGCUGCACCGCUUCGAGUCCAUUGCCAUCGCCCAAGAAAAAUUGGAAGCUCUACCACCUACCCCAGGACAGCUGAGAUAUGUAUUCAUCCACAAUGCGAUACCUUUCAUAGGGUUUGGCUUUUUGGAUAAUGCAAUUAUGAUUGUUGCAGGCACCCAUAUCGAGAUGUCUAUUGGAAUUAUUUUGGGGAUUUCUACUAUGGCAGCUGCUGCUUUGGGAAAUCUUGUGUCAGAUUUAGCUGGACUUGGACUUGCAGGGUAUGUUGAAGCUUUGGCUUCCAGGUUAGGCCUGUCAAUUCCUGAUCUCACACCAAAGCAAGUUGAUAUGUGGCAAACACGUGUUAGUACACAUUUGGGCAAAGCUGUUGGGGUGACUAUUGGCUGCAUUCUAGGAAUGUUUCCUUUGAUUUUCUUGGGAGGAGGUGAAGAAGAUGAAAAACUGGAAAAGAAAAAUUAAUCUUAGAAUACCUAUAAAAAGAUGUAAACUAAUGUACCUCAGUUAUUAAAAUAUGCUGUCACAACAUUUAGGAAUUAAGACAGUAACAGUGUAUAGAUAUGGGAUCAAAUAAUUCAGCAUGUAUUAUGGAAAACACUAACUUAUUGUGGCUUGAUCUUCUUAGGACACCUUUUUUAAACAAAUGUCUAGUAUCAUUUGUGUGUAAAUUGUUGAAAUGCUUUUUCAUCAAUGGCAGUCAACAUUUUAUUUUUUUCUUUCUCUUUAUAUAUCAAUAUUAUUUAAGUAUUGGUCAUUGAUGUACUGUAUUGACUUGGGGUUUGUUUAUUUGUUACUUAAUAUGUGUACAUGCAUGAAAGCAUUUUUUUGUUGUUGUUCCCUGAUGAUUACAAUUCAACCUUGGGAUUUUUCCAAAUUCCUUAAGAUGUUUAAUAUCAGUUAUAGAUUUUUUUAUGCCCUUUUUGACAACAUCAAUUUUGUACUGUUUCACAGUAAACAUUUACAAU